CAAAUCCAAAUUCCCCCUCUUUAAGUACCCCUCUUCCGUCUCCCUCAACUCUCACCACAACCCCCACUCUUGCUCUCUCUUCUCUUCCCUUCUUCUCUACAGAUUUUCAGUAACUUAUAUAGAGUUUUAAUUAUAGUGUUGAGGUUGUUGGAGGAGGGGCAAAAAUGGCAGUGGCGAGUGUAGUAGCAUGCAUUUUGCUGUUUCUCUCCUCCACAAUGUGGAUGGGUGAAGCUAGAAUUCCUGGAGUUUAUUCUGGUGGCGCAUGGCAAAACGCCCAUGCUACCUUCUAUGGUGGUUCUGACGCUUCGGGCACCAUGGGAGGAGCUUGUGGGUAUGGAAACUUGUACAGCCAAGGAUAUGGAGUUAACACGGCGGCAUUAAGCACUGCGUUGUUCAACAAUGGGUUCAGCUGCGGUGCUUGCUUUGAGAUCAAGUGUGCUAGUGAUCCACAGUGGUGCCAUUCAGGGAGCCCAUCCAUAUUCAUCACUGCAACCAACUUUUGCCCACCAAACUACGCUCUCCCAAGCGACAAUGGCGGCUGGUGUAACCCUCCUCGUCCUCACUUUGACCUCGCCAUGCCCAUGUUCCUUAAGAUUGCAGAGUACCGUGCCGGUAUUGUUCCCGUUUCCUACCGCCGGGUGCCAUGCCGGAAAAGGGGAGGGAUAAGGUUCACAAUCAAUGGAUUCCGAUACUUCAACUUAGUGUUGAUUUCCAACGUGGCGGGUUCAGGGAAUAUCGUGAAGGCUAGUGUGAAAGGAUCAAGGACAGGGUGGAUGAGCAUGGGUCGAAAUUGGGGUCAGAAUUGGCAGUCAAACGUUGUGCUGGUUGGUCAGUCACUCUCAUUUAGGGUCACAGGCAGUGACAGACGCACUUCCACCUCUUGGAACAUCGUCCCCGCCCAUUGGCAAUUUGGUCAAACAUUCACGGGCAAAAAUUUCAGAGUUUGAUUUCUCAAAGAAAAAGAAAAAAAGAAAAAUAUUAGCCCCAUAAGUUAGGAAAAGCCAUUUCCAGUUUUACCCCUGAUGGUCCAACUUUUGUUUUGUUAGGGUGAUGUCUCUUUUUGACAAAUUGGGUACUUGGGGUGUCUUCUUUAUUUUAAUUUUUGGUUCUGAUUUUGGGGUUAAUGGGUUUGCAUUUGGGGUGGGGGAAGGACUGAGGCGGCUGCCACAAAAUUGUAGCCCGCAGCCUAAAUAUUAAACUUUAAUGUCAUUAGCUAUACUUUGGGAAAGUGUAUUGUUUUUAACUUCAACUCAAAUAUAUAUUUUUAUAUUUGGUUUAUUAA